UAAAAUACAUAUGACUGUACUAAAUGGUUACAUCGUUACUUUCUUGUCAACAUACCGGCGUCGACUCGUUAAAAUUUAGGACAUGUCCAUCUGAUUAUACGGUAAACGUGAUAUGUUGGUACAUGUGAACUGGGGCAAAAGAUGACACUACAUCAAUUACUGGUAUACAUAUUUGUGCUUCAAUUGUCAUGUUUGCUUAUUUCUGCAAAAGUGUUCAAUCUAAGAAAAGAAGCAAGUGUUGUUUAUGAAUGGACUAAACUUGAUUUCAAUUGGAAUCGAACUGAUGAUAAACAAGAUUCAAUCCGUAAUGGUACAUUCGUUGUUGUAAAUAAUAUUAUAACUGGUAUCAAAGUUUAUUCACGGAGAAUUUUUGUCACAGUUCCAAGAUGGAGGCCUGGUGUGCCAUCAACCUUGAACGAAGUAAUGAAUACAAGCGACGAUCGUGCAAUUCUUAAUCCUUUUCCUACCUGGGGCAUGCAAAAGAUUGGGGACUGUGACGCUUUUCAAUAUGUUCAAAGUAUGGAAAUUGACCCAAAUUCAGGAUACAUGUGGAUAAUCGAUACCGGAAGUGCCCGUGAUGGGACGAUACAAUGCAAUGCGAAAAUAGUAAUUUAUGAUCUGAAAUCGGAUUACAUUGUACGGAAACAUUCAUUUCCUGAAAAUAUUGUCUCAAAGGGCACGAAUUUUCUUAAUGAUAUAGUAAUCGAUUAUGUUAAUGGUAAACCAAGAUUUGCAUAUAUUUCCGACACUGGAAAAGUUCCAAAGAUAGUGGUUUAUGAUUACGAAAGCGACGAAUCCUACUUUUUCAACCAUAAAUCCAUGCAUCCAGAAAACGGUUACAUGACUAUUAGUUCAAAUAAUGAUAAACAAAUGAAUUUUACCACACCUAUUGAUGGAAUAGCCAUGUCACCUGACUUUCAAUAUGUAUACUAUUGUGCAUUAGCAGAUCGAAAUCUUUACAGAAUCCCAACGGAAGUACUCCGAGAUCGAGGCAACUUUUCUCAAUCUUAUCAAUAUGUAGGGCGAAAGAGUUCACCGUCAGAUGGAAUGGUUUUUAGUCAGAAAGGGCUGUAUGUAGGGGCAUUGGCCGAAGAUAUGGUUUACAAAGAAAGCCUCGGAAGUUUACAAAGUGGAGGCAACUUGACAGAGAGUCCGUUGUUUGCUCAGCCACUGGAAUCAUUAGAAUGGGUCGAUACUUUCUGCAUAGAUGAAGAUGGCAAUUUGUGGUUUGUUGCCAACAGUCUAGUGCGCUUUUUUACAAACACCAUGACGUUCAAAUACACUGACCAUGCAAAUAUGCGAAUUUGGAAAGUUAAUAUUGGAGAACAUGGUUAUCUGUGGAGGGAGACAAAUAUGGCAUUAAGACAUCAACGUCCUUAUCCUAUCCUGAUUUUGAUAAUGGUCUUACUGAUUAAAUUUCAAAUGUAAUUGUCUCGUAAUAUUAAUUUCGCCAAAAUUGAAAUUCUGUCGUCGCGACUUAUCCAACUUUUUUUUCAGUUCAUGCGACAUCAGGCAACUUUUUACUCGAAAAAUGUAUUUUCCUGUUUAUAUUGUGAAGGUGAUAUCGAACGACUAACAUCAUUUAUAUACUAGCCAGUCUGAAAGCGUACAACAUCACAAAAAAUAACAAUAAAA